AUACGUCAUACACAUCACAGCUGUAAACGGCAGACGUAUAUUUCCCGCAACAAAUGAUGCAAUCCGAUCUGGAAAAAGACAUGGAAGGAGAAUUAACAAACGAUCAGCUUGACUUUUCUCAACCAUGGCAUUUCAGUGAUGUAGUUUUGAAGGUGGAAGAGGAAAGAUUUCAUGUUCACCGAAGUAUCUUGGCGAUGUGGUCGCCAGUUUUUUCGCGAAUGUUUACUUCGGAGUUCAGCGAGAAAACAGCUGCGGAAGUGCCACUUCCAGAGAAGAAUGUGAGCGAGAUAACAGAGAUGCUGUUGGUUAUUUACCCAACUUCUGCCAAAGAGAUCGAUGACAAGAACUGCUCGUUCCUGUUGAAUCUUGCAAGGGAAUAUAUGAUGAAGAAGCUCACCGAGAAAUGCGAAGAGUUCCUGAUGGAUAAGUUAAGUUCUCAAGGAUAUAUCUCAUACCAGUGCUUAGAUCUUUUAGUUACUGCACAGUCAUACAACCUGGAGAGGUUACAAGAGGAGUGCAUCAUCAAGGCACGAGAACUCAACUGCUGGGAGCUGAAGGAGUGCGAUAAAACCGUGGAUGAAAUAAGCUCGCCAAAUUACCGGAAAUUAGUCGAUGGGAUUAUGCAACGGAUGGAAAACGAAAUUACGUUACUGCGUUCCAAAAAAUCCCAGGCAAUGUUACAAUUAGGAAACAUCGAACAAUUUGCCUCAAGAGCUUCAGAAGAAUUUGAAGAAAUCGUAUCUCUUCUUAUGCAAGUUGCGACCAGAGAUCAGUUAUUAGGAGAUCCGCAAUACACAAGGAAACUUAAUUCUCUUGAUGCGAAGAUAAACAGUAUGAGCUAUACAAAAGCUCCGUUUGCAAAAUUUCAGUAUCCUUUGAGAGAUUUAAAGUCUGAGUUGGAAAGAAUUUCUAAUUCUAUUAGAUUCUUAAAGAAGGAGUAAUUUUCAAGUCAUAUUUUGUGAAAGUUAAUGACCUUUAUCAAUCCUAUAAAACACAAGGUAGAGGCUUUCAAUGGGCUGAUGGCUUUAACGUCUAUCGGCAAAGUUUUUUUGCUGUUUUACGGACAACGAUUACCCCCAUUGAAACUUUCAAGGUAGGGCCCUAGCUUUCCCUUCCUUUUCGUCCUGCAAACAGAUCUAGUUUUCUCUCCAACAACAAUAUUUACGCCGUUUAACUACGUUUAGAAGCUCUGUGACUACUGCGGCAGAGUAGAAGCAAUAGGAAAGUCUAUCCCAUAAUGAUUUUGUCCCUAAUAUACCUUAAAUAACACUACAUAAAGUGUGCCUGGUUCAAUCCUUCCCUGUUUGGCGUCUGACCAUGCUAAAUGCCAGAAUAAAACGCUGUAAACUGAUAACCCAAAAAAUGAUGUCGCCGUUACAACAAGAGUGGGAAUUUCAAACUCCCUCAUAGAUUUAAAAAAUGCCAAUUAGUGAAAAUUUCGUUCUUCAUAGACAAGUUAAAAACCAUAAGUAGCAAAAAUAUCAAGAAGAACAGGAACUGAAUUUUCGAGCGAAUUUCAGGGCUACCCCGCUUUAAAUCAUGUUUUUUGUGGAAGUUAUGUUACCAAUAAAGAAAACUGUAUAGUAUAAACAGAACAAGAGGUGGGACUUAUACUUCCUGCUUAGGUCGAGCCCUUGGUCAGCCUUAGAUAUUAUCGAGUUGAGGAAUUUCUAGGGAGGCGGAAUCUUGCUGAGCGAUUUCUCCUGGAUAAGGUACCACUAUGCAGAAAGUAACCAUUUGUUACCAUAGAAACAUUAGAGCCUCUUAAUACAACCCUGUAUGACCUUCCACCAUGUUUACGUGCCUGUUUGACAAGAAGGAGCUCGGCGACCCCGGCCAAUUACUAAUCACCGAAUUACAUCAGGAGAAAUCUUCACGGUUCACACAUUUCAGAGUCACCUUGGCUAUUCCUGUUAUCAAUACUGGUAAUGGUAAUGGUAAUGGUUUAUUAGAUAUGAAUUCGGCACUAUAAUGAAAUACUUCA